CCUGCAACCAAAUACAAAAGACUUCAAUCUCAUCUGUCAAAAUGGUUAACGCCAACCCUCUGUCAUGCUGUUCGUGAUGUGGUAGCCUUGCAGCCAGUUGGAUUUUGCACUGUUUUCAUUCUUCGGACCGCAAAGGGGUGGAAAAAAUCUUUGCUCCACGGAUGGCUCGAAUGGUCACCGUACAUUUAUUUCAUCCCGGUACGCGAUAGUGCCCCAUACGUGCUUGUGUCCUGGUGGAGUUGGUCUUAAAAAGAAACUACACUUCCACUGCGAUUGGUCGUCCUGCACUAGGGCACACUUUCUAUUCGCUCACUUUGCUCUCUUUCGCAAAACGAAAAGAACCUUAUCUCUAGUCAAAAGUGAAUAGUAAAUAAAUGUACCAAUAAAAAAGUGUACGCGAAACACACAAGAACACAAGAGUUUUUCACGAAACCAGCAAUAAUUAGUGAUCUGUGAUGUCAGGGAAUGUUCGUUUGUUUACAAUAGUAGUGUAAAACGGGUACGGCUACCGUCGACGAUACUAAUUAAUACGCAAGUGGGAAACAUUUCCAACCGCGUUCACUCCGCAACCGCAACGACGUUAAUGCGUCCUGGUGACGCUUUUUAAUUACACACCCCGUGGAAAAGCGACAAGCGAAAGAUGGGCAACUCAAGUACAAAGCUGGCAGAAAAAUGUUCCCUGCUGGCCAAGAGUGAAGUACCGGUGGUGGCAAGCUCCUUUAAGCUAGUCAGCAAAAACUCGGAACGCAUCAAGGAAGAUGAUCUCAUGAAAUUCUGGGGCUCACAGAUGGAUCCGCGGUUGGCACAAUAUAUUACCAACUUCCUGUUCGGUCCGCUCGGUGCCCGUUCACCGGUGGUUGAAUUCCAGCGGUUUGCGGAACUGUACGUCUACUGCGUUCGUGGCACCAUCGACGAACGCAUCAAUGUGCUGCUGUGCAGUCUCGGACAGCAACCCGAAUCGGAAUCGACCGAAAUUGCUUAUCCGCUUAUCAAAGAGUACGUGGAGGCGGUCGUCAGCAGCUAUAUGAGAGCGAUUCGCCUCGAAGGUGGGCCACAGUACAAAUCGUGGGAGUCGCGAGGUUUCCGCAUCGUUAAGGACUGCAUACAGAAGCUGGCCGAAAGCUUAGCGUACGAUGUGGUGCAGCAGGGCACACAGAAGGUUACCCGGGCCGAUGCGGAACGAUGGUUACAUAAAAACCCAACCUUCCUGAAGAUGCUGGAACACGUGUUUUCCCACCUGUACCAUUAUCGCAACGUGAAGAACACGUCGGAGACGGAUGGCAAUGCGCGCAAAAGUAUCAUCCCGCAGGAGGCGCUCCAAUCGAUGCUGCCAUACUGCGAGGGACUCCAGUACGUACCGGACUAUCCGGCCUUUACCGAUCUGUCGCAGAUGCUGUUUAUCAAUUCCAACCUACCCGGAACCCAACAGAACAAAUGGCGCUUUCUGUUUUCGUCGCAAAUACAUGGGGAAAGUUUUUCCACACUGCUAGGUCGCAUUAUGGAUCAAGGAUCGACGGUAGUGAUUGUGGAGGAUGCGAAUGGUUACAUCUUCGGUGGGUACGCAACGGACUCGUGGGCACUCAGUCCCAACUACGUUGGCAACGAAAACUCGUUUCUCUUUACGCUUCGGCCAAAGAUGCGAUGCUUUCCGAGUACCGGCUAUAACGACCACUAUCAGUAUCUGAAUCUUCAUCAGCAAACGAUGCCAAAUGGGAUGGGUAUGGGAGGACAGCACAGCUAUUGGGGAAUCUGGCUGGACAGUGAGUACGGGCUAGGCGAAUGUUCCGAGUCCUGCACAACGUACAAAGGCUAUUUUCAGCUGAGCGCUACCAAGAAAUUUAACAUCCGAAAUGUCGAAGUUUGGGGCGUCGGUGAUAAACCGGUGAAGGAAGAUGAAGCGGAGGAUGAAAAGUCGGGCGCACGUUCGGUGCUGGAUGGUAAUGCGGACAGCAAGGCGAUCCUGAAGAUGAGCGGACGGGAGCAGUACUCGGACGGUUACCGGGAGGAGCCAAAGGAUUAAGGUUUGCGAAAGCACGCCAGAAAGCAGAAGUGUUUCGUGCUGGGCCGAUCGAUGGAGAUCAACUUGGUGGAUGUAACGGAUACAUUCAAUUUCAACUUUCUGUAAACGUGUGUUCGAUCGUCGCGCUACGAUCAAUGUACUGGUUAGGUUUUACGGUGGGCGACAAGAAACAAUCAUAUAUGGGAUCGCAUACAACGGUCACCAGCUCUGGCUAAUGCAACCCUGGUAGAACAGAUGUGAAACAUAAUGUAGCAGUUUUUUAAGAAUCAAAGUCUGAAUAGUUUCCUCAAACGGGUUUUUAUCAUUGUAAUUUUUGUUCUCCAAUUUUACGAUAAACUUCUUCAUUUGCGAGAAGUGUUAUUACUAUUAUUGCAUCAGUAUAACAGAGCAGAAGAACAAAACAAAAAAAAAACACCAAUUUGCACCAAGAAACCAUCCGUACACCAGCCGCACUACAAUCACGAGACUCUUCAUCUGGCGUGAAGGAGAUAUAAAGAUAAUCUUUACUGGUUUUUCGUUUUACGUCUCCAUUCGCUGUAUCCAUCAGCGACAAUGCUGCGUUUGAUAAAAAGUAAACCAAAAAACAGAAAAACAAAACAAAACAAUGCACAGAAAUGAAGAAACUGUUUGCACAGCAAAUUAAGCGCUGAUAUCAUGUAGCAGUAUCAAAGAUACGCAUUAGCUCUAAAGGAAUAGGUCGAUAGAACCGAUCGGCAGGCAUAUGUAUAUUCGCAGACAGUUACACUAGUGGACUGGUAGCUGUACGAAACGAAUUGGUAAGCGGAAACCGCUUAGUACGUUUGCAACAUGAUUUAUGUUGCUAUCUCUCUCACACAUACACUUUCUACUUAACAUAAUGCAAGAAGCAUAGAACAGUGAAAAUUGAUUGUAAUCACACCCUCUACUUUAGCAACAGUACAGUAACCGAGAGUGCAGAGUUGUACAGAGUUGUAGAGCCAAACAGAGCAACACGAAAAGGUAUUCAUUAAUAGUGCAAAAUGUUUGUAUGCGUUGUGGGAAACCGUUGUAUGUAGUGUAGUGUCGAUGAUAUUUAUUUAUGUAUUUUUUUCCUCGCUAUUGUUAAACAAUGUGGAAUUAUCAUGUGGAGCAGUUAUGUUUGAAAUUUGUGCCAUAUAGGCGAUGCGGUAUCGAAUUAGGGUCAUCAGUUUUCGAAGCAAUGCAGUAUGAUGGAGCAAAAAUUCAAUGCGCUGGAGGUAUCUAAAUUAACUUCCGUUUCCAUUUCCUGUGUGCAUACAAAAAAAAACACCAAAACCCCAACAAAGUAUCCCAUAGUGGGAAAAUCCGGUUUUUAUGUAUGCUGUGCGCUCGCUACCAUUGUUGUCAGUCUCUUAGUGUGUGUGUAUGUAUGUAUGUAUGUGUGUUUUAUGUAGCCACAUUGUCUUCGUAGCUGGUUAGAUGAUGCACGGAUUUGAAUGAAAUACGGGAAAUACAAAAGCAUGUGGAUUAAAUUCUAACUAAA